AUGCCGUCUAUCAAGAUUGAUAAGAAGCGCAAGCGCGCUUCAGACGUUCAUGGAGGUCCCAGCAAAAAGCCUGCUCUGCAGCUUCAAGCGCUUCCGCCGCUGGCAGCUAGCCUUGUCGAGGACAAGAGCGAGCUGGCCCCAGUAAUUGCCACCACUCCUGGUGUUCUUAACUCCAAAUCCCUCCACUGGAACCCAUAUACCAAAGCCCGUCAGGAUGUCGCUCACUCAGCCACCCGUAACCCCGGUAUUGCGUCUUCCGAAAUGCUCCUGCAGUCAUCUGAGCAUGAGAGAUUGGAUUUUGUUGGCCGUGAGGGGACUGGAGAAGAUGCGGACUCGCAGUUGAAACACUAUGUCGCUAUCGUUGAUCCCGAGCGCAAGACAUGGCAGGUGAUUGAGGCCCGACGGAUUACACUCCGUGGUGGUGUCCGCAGCGUCCGACAACCCGAGGAAGACCAAGAAUCCGAAGAUGAGACUUAUAACAUUCGCGCUCAGCGCACUGCUCUUACCAACACAUUCGGUACCAAGCAAUCCCGCAAGGCUGUCCAGUCCAUGGCAGAGAAUGCACAGCUCUCCACAGCGCCCGCUGGUUCCGUCACCGAAGCCGGUGCUGCUCUCAUUUCGUCCUUGCCUGCGGAUGUCGCCUCCGGCGUGGCCAAGGCAUUGGACGUGCAGGCCGAGGUGCAAGCCGCCAAGCCUUUGCCCACCCCCGAUCUCACUGCCGCCCAUCCCUCAGACGUAUAUUCUAUCGAGACUUUGGUUCCUGGUGGCCACUCGACUCUUCGCCAGUUGACGGGCGUGGACGAAUGGAAGCAACAAGUGGAGGCCGGCGUUUCAGUUAUCACCGGUUCUCGAUAUGUCUCGAACCGCGUUGUAGCCGUUGGACAGUCUGGCAAUUCUACACACAUCCAGGUUCUUCGGUUCAUUCAAUUGUUGCUCGAAUUCGCACGCUCUCUUAAGGGCAUGGGCAAUAAGGGCUCUGGCCCUGGCAGCAAGAAGCUCCCGCCGCGCGAAGAUCUCCGCAAGAUUCUCUCCAGCACAUCCGGUGUCUCAAAAUCUGGCAAGGAUGACUCCGAAUCAUCUACAGAACUUCUCCCCGACUCUGUUGUUGAUGCCGUCCGGCGCCGCUUCGCCCCGAGCGGCGGCUUCCUUUCUAAGCACGACCUCACUCUCCUUCACACUACUAUCUGCGCUCUUUCCUUGCACAUACCCCCUCAGCCGGCCAAGGACGGCGGAUCCAGCUCUCUCGGUGGUAACUCCCCCAACGAACUAGCCACUGAUCCCUCUGAUCUGCGCGAUGAUCUUCGUCUGGACUCGAACACCAUCCAACAAUACUUCCGCGAGCUGGGAUGUCGUAUUGACAAGCCUCGUGAGUCCGAAUUCAGCAAAUGGAACAUCAAGGGCGGUCGUGCGGAGGCCGCUGCGCGUCGGGUGGCCCGCCUGCGUGUUCCAGUCGAGUUUCCCAAGGUCAGCCGCGGUGGGAGGAAAUAG